AUGCUGCAGCCUUCCCAGAUGACCACGAGUCGCAAUCGAGCGAACUGUCCAGCACGCGUGCCGCGGAAAAUUGUCUCUCUAUCAGCAAAUUACCGUCAGAGCCGUCGAGAGUACGCGGAAAUUUUACAGCAAGCAACGAGUGAUGCGAAAGCAACAAGGGAAUUCCAACGGCGGGUGAAACACGCUUCUUUUGAGCACCGCGAGCGAAAACUGGCUGUACAGGCGCUGCAAGCUCGUAUCAAACGGGAAAUCCAAUUCUUGAUUGCUACAGCUGCGGAUCUGGAGAAACGGGAAUUUCUUCUCGACGACGCGUUUGAGAGCUACGAACGCGCGUUACGUCUCGAGCUCGCGAGUUCUCAGCGCUUCUACUAA